AUGAAAGAGGACUCGCAAACUCUUGAUUCUGCCACUACAGCUGUCACCGUCGAAGGACAACCUGACCACAAAACUAGGAGAUAUGAUCGUCAGCUUCGUCUCUGGGCUGCCAGUGGACAGUCAGCGCUCGAAAGUUCACGCAUUCUCGUCAUUCCUGGAUCAGCUACCUCCACCUCCAUUCUCAAGAAUCUUGUCCUCCCUGGGAUCGGCCACUUUACGAUUGUAGAUCACACCAAAGUUACCCCUCAAGACGCUGGGAACAACUUUUUCCUCGAAGGACCAUCGAGCAUUGGCAGAUCGCGUGCAGAGGAGACGGUCAGACUACUUCUAGAGCUGAAUGAGAGCGUCGAGGGUAAAGCAGACCAACGCGACAUCGCAGAGAUACUAGAGAACGAUCCGUCAUUCAUAACCAGUUUCACCCUGGUGAUCGCACACAAUCUUCACCCAACCUUACUCGAUAGACUUUCGACGCUGUUAUGGUCUGAUCCCUUGAACCCCCCUCUGAUAGUCGUGAACUCCGCCGGUUUCCUUGCAGAGUUUUCGAUUCAAUUCCACCAGCAUCCCAUCAUUGAGAGUCAUACGGAAACUGCUCCGUCCUUACGAAUCGACAAGGCAUUCCCAGCUUUGUACGAUUACGCUACAGGUUUGGACUUCAGCCAGUUGGACUCGACCGACCACGGACACGUUCCGUACGUGAUUAUCUUGGUGCAAUUACUUGACAAAUGGAGGAGGGAGCAUGACGGCAAAGCGCCCAAGACUUCCGAAGAGAAGAAGGCAUUUAAGGCUACUAUACUCGCUAUGAAAAAGAAGAUAGAUGAAGAAAACUUUGACGAGGCUGAAGCUCUAGCUUAUCGGUGUUGGACAGAAACAACAGUUCCCCACGAGAUCGCUGCACUUUUCAACGAACCCGCACUUGAAUCCCUUACAUCCGAUUCUCCCCACUUCUUCCACCUCCUCUAUGCUCUUAAGCGGUUCGCGGCCCAAUCUCCGUACGUGCUCCCCCUCACCAGUUCGCUUCCGGACAUGAAGGCCAGCACGGAAAGCUACAUUCAUCUUCAAAAGCUGUAUAAGGCUCGAUCAACAGAAGAGAAAGAGUCCUUCAAGUCCUUCUUACAAGUACCCGUUCCGAAUGAUCUGGUUGAUACUUUCGUGAAGAACGCGCAUGGAUUAAGGUUACUGAAGGGUAAGAAGUGGAGUGACCUGGAUUCAAAUCCGUCCGCACUAGCCGAUAAGUUACCAAUCUACCCUAAAGAAAUCUCUACGCAUCUUGCUCUCUCUGCUUUACGCUCUGUGACUAUGAAACACCAAGGGAAACCCCCAACCGCAGAGACACUGACAGAGGAGGCCCUUGCACUUCUUCCACCGGGAACAGAGCUACCUGAUGUUUUUUCUAAUGCCAUUGGUGAACUUGUCCGUGCACCAACCGCCGAUCUUCCGAACUCAGCAGCGUUCUUGGGUGGUCUUGUAGCUCAGGAGGCUAUCAAGAUGAUCACGAAGCAAUAUGAGCCUAUCAAUGGGUACUGUAUUAUCGAUUUAAUCGACUCAUGGACCGGAACGAUGUGA